UUAAUGUAAAGAUAAUGAACAGUCGUGAAGAGAUGGAAACAUUAAAAGAACAUGAUUUGCAUAUGCUAGUUCUUGUUACAGAUAAUAUGUGUUUUUGUCUUUGAUCCAGCAAAUUGAAAAUUGGAAAUGAUUCAAAAAGUUGACAUUUUGGAGAAGCUUAGGAAAAACCAUGUUAGCAUUUCCAAAAACAAAAAAUACAAGUGAAUGCCUUGCUUGAGUCUAUCAAAUUAGAAAAUUUCUUUACCCACCUCCCUAUGGGUGGUCACCUCCUGCGAAAAACCAAAACUACCCCUGCUUCGGAAGUUCAUUUUCGAAAGCGUGUUUUUUUAAAAAAAUUGACUUACUUCGGAAGUUCAUUUCCGAAACAAUUACUUCGGAAGUUCACUUCCGAAAUACUGCGAUUUCUGCAGAUUUAUCAAAACACUCCCCCUCCCCCAAUCAUUUACCCUAAAUCAAAACAAAAAGUGGCAAAGGCGAAAAUUUGUGCAAACAGAAUUCCAAAGCUGCAUCAAGGCUCCAAUCACACUGCUAAACAACAUUCAAAAGCCCUCAAUCCUAACACUUUGAACAUGUCAGGCAACCAACAAGCACGCAGGACUGCGUCUUCUAAAGAGGGCGCUAAGGGAAGAAAUGGUUCUUCAAAGAAGGAGGUGAAAGAGGUGAAGGAGGUGACGGAGGUGAAGGUGGUGAAGGAGAAGAAGAAGCUUUUGACUGGUUCUGCUUCUCGUCCCCUGGGAGUCCAUGGCUCGGACGCGCAGGCUCAGCCUUCAGGCGUGAUCAACGCUGAUGGUUCUGAUACUGAGUGGGAUGAAGAUUGGUAUAAUUAUCUUCAUUCGGAGGAGUUCGCUCGUCGAGAAGAAUAACGUGUUUUUAUUUUGUUUGAUGUGUAUUUUGUAACGCUCGUCGGGCAGAAUAACAUGUUUUUGUUUUGUUUGACGUGUUUUGUUUUGUUUUGUUCGGAUUUUGGAUUG